CCAUCCACUCACCUCCUGAGGUGCUGAAGGACCCUGUGCUGCCUGUGACUCCGCUCGUGAACACCUGCACCAAGAUGUCCUGCCAGCAGAACCAGCAGCAGUGCCAGCCCCCUCCCAAGUGCAUCCCCAAGUGCCCUCCCAAGUGCCCCACUCCUAAAUGCCCCCCAAAGUGUCCCCCUAAGUGUCCUCCAGUCUCUUCCUGCUGCAGUGUCAGCUCCGGAGGCUGCUGUGGCUCCAGCUCUGGGGGCUGCUGCAGUUCUGGGGGAGGUGGCUGCUGCCUGAGCCACCACAGGCGCCGUAGGUCCCACUGCCACAGACCCCAGAGCUCUGGCUGCUGCAGCCAGCCCUCAGGGGGCUCCAGCUGCUGUGGAGGGGGGAGUGGCCAGCACUCUGGAGGCUGCUGCUGAAGUGGAUCCUGAGCCUAGAAGAACACAAAUGGCCAAAUAUUUCCCUCUCGUCUUCCUUCUCCUUCUGGGCCUGCCUGGUUGAGAGGUCUUGGUGAGGGCUCAACUCAAGCAUAGAGGAUUCUUCUGUCUUGGAGUUCAGAGGCCCAAAACUUCUCCCUCAAAGCCAAGCCAUUUAAUGACCUCAGUUUGCAUAUGUGUGGUUGCUCUGGGAAGCCCAAAGCACAGACCUAUAUCCCUUUACAGCUUGUCUUUUUGCAUAGCUCAGCCUGAUGUGAAACAAUAAAACCAGAAAUAUGCAUUC